AUGCCUCCACGAAUACCCCUGCAGCUGGCCGCUCAAUGCUGCAGGGCUUCGAUUGAACAAUCUAACCACUCGUCCAUCGUCGGACUAUUCAGCGCUCUCUCCAUCCAGACUCGCAGCGCUCACAUCCUCGCCAGCUUGUCUGACAACCGGGGCGCCUACCAGAAGCGCAUUCGUCUUGGUCGCGGUCCGUCUUCGGGAAAGGGCAAAACUUCCGGAAGAGGUCACAAGGGUCAGAAGCAGCAUGGAAAGGUGAAGCCGUGGUUCCAGGGUGGUCAGACGCCCCUGAUAGUUCAGAGGGGAAAGCUUGGAUUUAAGAAUCUUCAUGUAGCUACCAUGUCCGAAGUCAAUAUUGAAAAACUUCAACAGUGGAUCGAUGCCGGCCGCAUCGACGUUACGAAGCAGAUCACUCCUAAAGAGUUGAUACAGUCCAAUCUUAUCGGAACGAUCAAGGAUGGUGUUAAGCUAUUGGGGAGGGGAGCAGAUUCAUUGAAGCAGCCGAUUGAUAUCGUCGUCUCUCGCGCUUCCGCAUCGGCGAUCGAGGCAGUGGAAAAAGCAGGAGGCAAGAUCAUGACCAGAUACUACACUAAGCAGUCUAUCAGACGAUUGGUACUGGGCAGGAGUUUUCACACAGACAACCCUCUGCCAGUCGGACCAGAGCACGUCGAGCCGGUCUUAGAGGCAGUUCGGAAGAAGGGGUUCGCUUUCAGACUGCCCGACCCGACGUCACGUCGAGACAUCGAGUACUAUCGUGACCCUGCGCAUCGCGGGUAUCUGAGCCAUAUGCUGAAGCCGGGAGAGUCACCCAGUUUAUACUUCAAAGUGCCGCCGGCACAGCUCUCCAAGCAAAAAAAGAGUCAGAAGGGGGCCAGCAAAGAGGACACGAGACUCUGGGAGAAGUUGUAUUCCAAAGAAAUGUCUCUCUUUGGCACUUCUCCUACGAACGAUUUCUCGUCUUCCGGUAAUCCGAGUACUGCGCGAUCUCGAAAUUCGUUGUUUGAAGACGAUGGGCCUAUGACUCGGUCGACCUCGGAUACCCUCUUUAACGAUGACGAUUUCGGAGGCAGUCGUUCUGCGUCGCCUUGGGAUCUGCCAACACCGAGAAAACAGCAAUCGCGUGCCGACUUGAUUCGGAAGUUGCUUGAUGGUGUUGAGGUGCCGGAUAGUUACGUAGAAGCAUAUGAUAAAGCCGCAAGAGAAGAUGCAUUAAUGGAUGAGAACUAUCCACAUGACCAGAAGAUCACUCCCUCAGGAAUCACCAAUACACUGGCUGCUGCUAAGUUAGGCGCUGAUGACCAGGCGCAAAUAAUGGGAAUAAUUGCACCUAGUGGUAAACUGGAUCCAAUCGGGCGCAAGGAGUUUAACGUAUUAUUGGCUCUUAUCGGCCUUGCGCAGGAGGGUGAAUCCAUUAGUUUGGAUGGAGUUGACGAAAGAAGACGCAACUUACCGAAAACUCGCUUUUUAUGGUCACCACCACCCGUCAACCACGUCAAACAACCCGCCUUUCCAAACACUGCAGAGCUUGCAGCAAAACCACCACAAAGACCCGAUUCGCCGCCUACGCAAUUUAACUCGCAAUCGAGAGCUAGAAAGCCAUCGAUGGAUGGUCCCGAAGACGAUCCGUGGAGUUCGUCUGAUCUCCACAGGAAUCAUAAGCAUGACGACACGAUGAAGACGAACGGCACCCACAACGCGAACGCGAGCACGAACGGUAAUGGUUAUGGUAAUCCUGAGUCCCCCGAUAUGCACUCUCGUACAACCUCCAACUUCACUACCGCAAGCACGGGUUCGCCUGGAGGCCCUGGAUCUCAGUCUGUUGGCGGCUCCAUAUCUUCGAACUCCGGUGGUUGGGGAUAUUACGAUGGAAACAACGCCGGAGGCUUCGGUGAUGCGCCUCCAAACGCCCCUACGAGUCCUUUCGGCGGCGUCGGCGGCGGAGAAGGACGUGACCCAGGUUCUAGCGCUACCGUUGGCCAUUAUCGGACCAUUAGCGGUGGUCGAUCUGGCAGUGCGGUCGAGGAGAACAUAGUGGUCACGCUCAUGCCAGAGAAAGAAGGCGUGUUUCUAUUCCAACAUCACAACUACGAAGUGACAAGCUCGCGGCGAGGUAGCAAGGUGAUCCGCAGGUACAGCGAUUUCGUGUGGUUGCUCGAUUGUCUACACAAGAGGUAUCCGUUCCGCGCGUUGCCUCUGCUUCCGCCCAAGAGAGUUGCCGUUAACGGCAAUCAUCUUUCUAACGAUGGCGCAUUCAUCGAGAAGCGAAGACGUGGCCUGGCUAGGUUCUUGAACACACUAGUUCGACACCCCGUCCUAGGUCAGGAGCAGCUUGUGAUAAUGUUCCUGACCGUACCGACGGAACUUGCAGUAUGGCGCAAACAAGCUGCGAUUUCGGUGAUAGACGAGUUUGCGGGCCGACCGUUGCCAGCCGGCCUCGAAGAAUCCUUGCCAUCUUCGUUGGAAGAGCUUUUCGAACGCACAAGACAGGGUGUCAAACGAUCAGCUGAAUUAUAUAUCUCGACCUGUAAUAUCAUGGACCGCCUUGUCAAGCGGAGUGAGGGCGUAGCCGCCGAUCACGGGCGUCUAGCUAUGUCGCUUACAUCACUUACCGAGGCGAGCUCGGAUACAUACGCGACCGAUACGAACGACGUGCCUCUCCUAAACGAUGGCUUAGUGGCGAUGAGCAAACACUUGCAAACAACGCAAGGUCUUAUGGAGGAUGAGAGCAAGGCGUGGGAUGCCGGCGUGCUUGAGGACUUGAAGAGACAGCGCGAUGCUUUGGUCAGCAUUAGAGAUCUGUUCGACCGGAGGGAGAGGCUAGACAAGGACAAUAUCCCGCAUCUAGAACGAAGGAUCCAGAGCAACGAAACAAAGCUCGCCGGUCUACGAGCCAAGCCAGACGGGUUAGUCAGGCCAGGAGAGAUAGAGAAGGUUGUGGAAGCUAUCAUCAAGGACAAGGAAUCCAUUGUGAACCAGCACAACCGCUCUAUAUUUGUUAAGGAAUGCCUUCGCGACGAACUCGUUUACUUCCAGCAGACGCAGUUCCAUGUUAGCCGGUGGAACCAGGACUGGGCACAAGAGCGUGUCAAAUACUCGGAAAUGUUGGCGGACAACUGGCGCCGACUAUUAGACGAGCUUGAAGGCAUGCCGCUUGGCGACUAG